UGUAGGAACAUGGCGCUUCAGAGGAAAGGUGCUGCCUGAUGCCUGACAGUUUUGGACUAUUGAUGAACUAUUUCGUGGGAAUAGAUGUAUUGUACAACAGUAAAGUGUAAAUAUGGAUACUUGAUUGUUAAAUACAUUUAGUGGUCCUUUUCAAGUUUUCAUGGAUUCUGAAACGGGAUUGUCUGAGGCAUUGAUAGCUCACGUUAGCAUGUCAUUUGCCAUAGCUAGCUACCUAGCUAGACCAGCUAACGUAAACGUUUCUUAUGCUGUCGUUAUAUAAACAUAAAAUGUUUGCGGUGCGGGCAUUUAUAUUUUGCCUGUAGAUAAAGCUAUAUAGUUAACUUAUUAUCAAUGAAUUUGACAAUUUAUUUGGUUCAUUAGCACUUGGUUUACAAUUUUGACGACGAUUCUGAUUAGCUUGCUAGCGAACUUUAGCUCAGCUGAAAAGGAUGGAGAACCGUCAUGGAUUUGUGUUGUUGCUGGCUACUGGGAUCCUUCUGUCGGUAUUAUUUCUGGCUGAAGGUGCUCCGCUUCCGUAUUCUGACACAGCAGGGGAAACUGCAGAUGAACGCACAAUGUUCUCUCUGCACCUCCCUGUGGUUGUGUCUCUGAUUGCCCUGGUGGCCCUUGUGGUGCUACUGGCAAACUGUGUGACCUGCUGCAAGGAACAGGAGAUCAAUUUCAAGGAGUUUGAGGACAAUUUUGACGAUGAGAUUGACUUCACUCCUCCAGCGGAAGACACCCCUUCCAUGCAGUCCCCUGCUGAGGUUUAUACCCUGACAGUGCCACCUGUGGCUCUGCCAGGACCUCCCCACCUGGAUCCGCCCACUCGCAUCUCAGAGGGAUUCACUGGCUCACAGGUGGCUCGUCACAGUCUCAGUUACAUCCAGGAGAUUGGAAAUGGAUGGUUUGGCAAGGUCCUUCUCAGUGAGGUCUACACAGAUCCAGGUCCUUCCAGGGUGGUGGUCAAGGAGCUGAAGGCUAAUGCUAGUGCCAAGGAGCAGAAUGACUUCCUGCAGCAUGGGGACCCUUACAGAGUUCUGGUUCAUCCUAACAUCCUGCAGUGUCUUGGCCAGUGUGUGGAGGCUAUCCCCUUUCUGUUGGUUUUUGAGUACUGCGAACUGGGGGACCUCAAGGGCUACUUGUCUCAGCAGGACUGGAUGUUCCAAAAUUCAGAGUUGCUGCAGCUGCAGAAGAUGGCCUGUGAAAUUGCUGCUGGUGUCUCUCACCUCCACAAACACAACUUUUUGCACAGGGACUUAGCCCUGAGGAACUGUUUUCUAACCGCAGACCUGACCGUCAAAGUGGGAGACUAUGAUAUCGGCCCUUACAGAUACAAGGAGGAUUACAUCAUCACAGAGGACGACGUGCCUGCACCCCUCCGCUGGAUGGCCCCAGAGUUAGUUGGCGAGCGCCAUGGGGGUGUGGUCACCCUGGAUCAGACCAAGCCUGGGAAUGUGUGGGCUCUAGGAGUAACUCUGUGGGAGCUCUUUGAGAACACUGCCCAGCCCUACCCUCAUCUGUCCGACCGCGAGGUUCUAAACCACGUCAUCAGGGAACAGCAGAUAAAACUGUUCAAACCACAGCUGGAGCUGCCCUAUUCAGACAGAUGGUAUGAGGUGCUACAGUUCUGCUGGCUAACUCCCGACAAGCGAGCCACGGCCGAGGAGGUCCACCGGCUGCUCACCUACCUUCGUAUGCAGGGCCAGAAGGAUGUGGAGGAUGACUUUGAACAGCGCUGGGACUUGCUGAAACCCAACCCUCUCACGCGCCAGACCACUGUCAGCCACUCCUCCUUCCCUAUUUUGGAACAAUUUGCAAACGACGCCCUGCGGCCUGAGGCGGAUGAGGUGCUCACUGUCACCGAGACCAGCCGUGGCCUGAGCUUUGAGUAUGUGUGGGAAGCGGCCAAGCAUGACCAUUAUGACAGUGGCAGUGGCCGUUCGGCCAUGGACACCACCCUAAACUACCACAGCAUGUUCUUCCCUGUGCCCAGCGAGGACAUCCAAGCCCAUUUCCCUGACCCUGCGGUCCCAAGGAUAGGACACACUGACAGCAGUAACACCCAGUCAGCAAUUCCUGGGAUACUUCCCGUAUUUGAUGCUCACAAACCAGUCAAUGGGAACGAGUACUACAUCCAGUUGGAGGAGCAGGGGGAGAGCACUGUAGAUGCGAAGGAGAACAGUCCAGAAGAGGGUAUAGAAUCUGACAAGCAACAGUAUGUCACCCUACAAGAUGUCCACUUGGACGAGACUAGCACCGACGCAGAUUUCUUCCAUCGCAGCAUUGACUCAAAAGACUCAUUCUUGCAAGACAGCCACAUCUGGUCAUCCAGUGAGCAUGACAGUCCCUAUCACACUAACAUCUUCAGUGAGGGAGGCUCUAAACAGGACUCCGAUUCCUGGAACAGGGGCGUCAUGGAGCUUCCAGAACUUAAUGGAAACAGUCUCCAGAGAGGGGAGUCUGUAGAGGGGCAGGCCCAGGGAACAGAGAAAAACUUUGGAGAAUAUUUUUUAGGGGAGCAUCGUUCAGAGGCAGUACUCCAGGACUCUCUAGAGGAAGUGGAGGAGGUAGCGCGGACCCCUGACGUAAAGAGGCUUCUGAACCCUGAGAAACUAGUAGAUAAUUUCCUGUUCCUUAAAGAGAAGAGCCUGAUGAAGGAGGGCUCUUGUUUAUCAGGGGAAAGUAGUGAACAACAUUACUUUCUCAAACCUGGUCUGACCCAUGUCCCAGAGCACAGCUUCAAAAUGAACUCUUGGGAUACUGAGACGUUAGAUAACUUAGACUUUGUCGGGAUUUCCAUCAAACCUAUAGAGAGCCACACAUCCCCAGCAGAGGAGGACAUUUUUGACUUCAUGAGUCCAAGUUUUGUGGAUUUCCUGCAACCUGUAUCAGACUCUAAAACACUGGUGCCUUCUAAAACAUUGGUUACAGGAGACAACUGUCAAGACAAGCUACCAGUUAGAAAUGGCUCCAUCAGUGAAGACUUCGGUUUGCUCCAGCAGUCUUCCAAUGCAGGGAUGGAACCUGCUUCUGACUCUACCUCUAAGAGGCCUGAAGUCCUUGUUGUUAGUCCAGCAACUAGCCACCAGCCCCCCUUUCUCCUUUCUGAAAGUGCCACUACAAACCCCCUUUGCAUGGAUGCCAAAAACCCCAGUCUUGAAGACAGUCUCGGGGCCUCAGAAGAUGACCGUUUUGAAUCCAUAGGAACCAAAGAAUCCCCUGCCUACCUACUUAGUCUUAGCUCUUCCCCAGUCAUUGCCAGGGAGAUUGCUGUUGACAAUGGCCUGAUUAGCGAAGGCUUGACUAGUGACGAUCUGUUGAGCAACCUGGUUGAAGAUGAUACAGAGGCAGAAAUAAACACUUCCCUAUCUGAGCAAGAACAUGACAACUACCAUGUUUUGGAGGACGAUGGCAGGUCCUCUCUGUUAGUGUCCGGUCCGUCUAUGGACCAGAUCAGCCAAGACAGCCUUCUGGAGGACAGCAUUUCCACCACUCUUCACACCGUCGACAGCUCGGCUGAGACGCCUGACUCUUUGGACUCUCUGCACAUCAUACAAGUUCCUGUCGAAGAGCUGAACACCCCAGCCACCCCUCAGAAGCUUCAGCCCCCUUACAAAACAGCUGACAGUGGUUAUGAGACAGAGAACCUGGAGUCUCCAGAGUUUAAUUCGCAGCCCGUUAUUAAAGAACACUCUCCAGAAGAAACUGGGUUGAGUUUGACAGAGGAACAGGAGGAGCCAGCAACUGCUACCUUGCUAUUUCCACCUGAAAUAAUAGUCACAGAGGUAGAGAGUGUGUUGAAUCCUCAGGAUGAGGAUGUCAGUGAGGACCAUCCGGUAGAACCCAUAGCUCCUGGCAAAGAACCUUUCAUGGGAGGAAACUAUAGAGACUCUGCCUAUUUCUCAGACAAUGAAUCAGAGCCCGAGAAGAAGUGUGAAGACGUCAACUCGCUGAUUAGCGAUGCCUGUGGCAGUGUUUCAGGUUGUCCAGCUAUUCUUCCUGAAGUAACAGAGGAGUCACAGCAGGAGUCUUAUCUUAUUUCAAAAUCCCUGGUUAAUGACGAAGUUGAGGAAACAAAACAUCAGACCAUGGAAGGUACAGGUGUUCCUGAGUUAUUCCUCACCACAGACUGGGAAAAGACUGCACCUGUGUUAAUUGAUGGCAAUGUGGAGACUGGGACAGAGGAGUUCUACCCUGGCGUCAGGGCUUCUAGUCAUUUCGAAUCCAGUGGAACUUCCACAGUGGACCUAGAAAAGCCUACAUUGCCUGUGGUUGCAACCUCCGCUAAACCCUCGCAUGAAUGCAUACCGGUCCAUGCUAAACUAACCAGGACAUAUGCCAGCGAGAUCACCCCCAAGCUUAAGGAGCCUGAUAUGGAGGGGAGGUACCUGGGCAGGCAGGACGACUCGGUUGGGGACAGGCAGAUGGACGGAGAGGAGGCUGAUGAAGAGGAUGAAAACAGCGACGACUCAUCUGAUGACAUGCGGGCUUACCGGCUACACAGCUCCAGCUCGGACAGCGAGGAUGACACGGUGCAUCCGGUGCCCGUCAUAGUCUCGGACAAUAGUAGAGCGCAGAACCUCAGGAGCCUGUUGAAGCCCACCUCGCUGAAUGUCACCUCCAGCAACAAACCGUUCAUGUCACCAGGGGGCAGUGAUGCUGACAGUGCCCGGAGAGCGGUGUCAUUCUUUGAUGAUGUCACGGUUUACCUUUUUGACCAGGAGACCCCCACUAAGGAGCUGGGCGACCAUUUGUCAGGCUCCAACAGCCAGGUGUCAGAGGUCAGCAGCCCUGUGCCCCCUGCCAGUUACCUGAACAGAUUCGCCAACUCCACAGAGAGCUCCACAGAUGAAGAAGGGGGUGGGUUUGAGUGGGAUGACGACUUCUCGUCCCCGGAGCCCUCCGCGUACCUCUCCAAAGCAGCCAUGGACCUGGCCGUGUCCAAUGCCACAUCGCCAUCGUCUGCAGCCACGCGCUACUUCUCCCCUCCCCCACACGGGGGUCGUGCCCCAGAGCCCAGCUGGAGCAGCUCAAACUCAAACUACUCCCGCUUCUCCAUCUCACCGGCCAGCAUCGCCAGCUUCUCGCUCACGCAUCUCACCGACUCAGAUAUUGAACAAGGAGGAAGCAGUGAAGAAGGAGAUAAAGACUAAGGUACAGAUGGGAGGGCCGUUUCUCUCCACUCUGUGGCAUUUGGACCUACAACCUUUUACGAUGUCAGGUGAAUGUAUGAGGGCUUAAUAAACGGAGUCAAGCCUGACAGGUGGACACGCAGCACGGUGUUAUGAAGACCAUGGAUGCUUCUCUUCUCAGGCAGAACUGCCCACCCCCCAGGGAUGGUCAUUAUGAGGACUAAAAAACGGCAACACCACCCAUCCUCCUCGACAAAACCUCCCUCCCUUCUUUGAAUGCGUCUUUGCAAAUAACACUGAUGAUUAGACAAGGCUCAUUCAGGCCUCUGAGGCUCAGCAUUUCUCCCUCUUUUUUUCUUGUUCUUUUCACUGUUUAGAGACUUGUUGAGCACCUCUUCCUGAUUUAUUUUUUUUGUUCUUGCUUAAUGACUCUGUCACCAAAAAAUGACUGACUUUUAUUUUAUAGCCCUAAACUAUUGAUAUAAGCACUGAAAAGUGGCUGCUCUUGCAGAUUGUAUCUGCUAUAAAAAUGGAAAUAUAAGCUAUUUGCAUCAGGCAGAUUUGAACCCCAAUGCCUAUGGGUUUGACACUGCUCAGAAACACUGUUUAUUAGCUUCUUUGCUAAGUCUUUAUUCAACUGUAACAGUAGUUGCCUUUUGAAACUGUUUUUUGUCUUGUCAGAUAUACUUAUUCAUUGUGAAUGCUUCGACAGGAAUGGUAAGGAAUAGCAGAGGUAUAUUAGGAAUUUUAAGAACCAAGUUUUGAUGAUUGACUGAUUCACAGCCCACAUCCAAUCUGUGUAAUUUUAAUGACAGUCACUUCUUGCUCAGUUGCUAUAGGAACAGUCAGUUUUAUGUAACUUUGUCAGCAACCGGAAACCAUACAACUCACAGUUCAUAUCCAUGUAAAAGAAGUUAACUUCCGUUGAACUCCCAUCUAUAUUGUAUAAUACAACAUUGUCACAAGUCAUUGUUUGAAUUAGCAGUAUGUUAAUUAAUUUGUUCAAAGGCUUUUGCAGUUAUUACUGUGCCACUCAAGGAAUCAAAUGAUAAAGAAGUUUAACUUCUUUACUCGGGACUGCGUUUGCAUCUAGAGACCUAGAGAGUAAAAGAGUUGUUUAAAACAUUAGAAUGUAAGAUAAAUUGUUGUUUUUUGAAAUGUGCAAUUAGUUUCUUUUUAUCAGACUACAUUUUUGCAAGAGUUCAGGAGUCACUGUGGAAUCACUAUCCCAAAGGCUGUUCCAAAUGGCUCCCUGUUCACACAAUACAAUAUAGUGGCCUAUUUCUGACCAGAGCCUUGGUCUAAAGUAGUUUACUAUAAAGGGGAAAUGGCACCAUUUGGGACAUUGACCAUUUCUCUGGAUGGCUGCAAGGGUAUUACAGUAACUCAGCCAGAACUCACCAAUCCCCCAGUUGUCAUUGAAGUGUCUCCUAAGACAGACACUUUCUUCUUUUGUUUGGUUUACUAUGUCAAACCAGUAGGACGCAGAUACUGUCAUACAGGUUAUACCUUUUCAUACAGGUUAUUCUCCUUAACAACUAUACAGCCGUGAGUUAGAGAAUAGCUUCAGAGUAGUCCACAUUGCCAUAUCAUCUCUCUCACGGUGGCCCACUCAGCACUCUCCCAUAUGAUUUGCUGGACAUAAUUUUGGUGUGCAGUAAGCCUUGGUCUGUGCACCACCAUGAUCAUUUGAUGUAUAUAAACAUUAUGAUUCAGCUUGAUCAGCAAGGCAAGCUUGACGUUAUGUUCAUGUAGCAUAGUUUAAACACAGUUCUUCCAGACUCAGUGGGUUCAAGAAAUUAAAUAAUGUAACUCUUGCUUUAGUUAAUUAAGGUUUCCAAUUGAUUUUUGUAUUUGGUGAUGUUAUUUGAAGAAGUCAUCAAUGAAAUUCUCAACUUCGGCAGCACUGUAUUUUAGACAGGGGCCAGUAUUCAAUCAGAUCAAGGAUUAAUAGGAAAUUGCCAACAACGGAAUACCUAUAGCUGGUGUUUUGACUGUGUCUAAGGUGUUACUACUUUAGAGCUCUCAAAUAGGCAACAGCUUCUUGUGUGAUUGUCACAAAACCACACUUAUCUACUGACAGUUGAAGUUUAAAAUGAGGUAGUGCAGGCUGUAUAUCAUAUUAAUGACCCUCAAAUUGGAAAUGAUUAAACAUGUAUAUCAGCCAACAUCAGGGAUGUGCAAUUGGUGGCCCGUGGGCCCUUUUAAUUACUUAUGAACUCUUUUGUAGAAUACACAAUGUACAUUUCCUAAAUUUGGUUGUGCAUCUAGUUAUGCAUCAGCAGGUAAGUAACAGUGAAUUAGCCAGCGUUUGCUUAAAAAAAGUUGUUUGAUCAAUUAGUCUGGCCACAUUAUUGUCCUCCUCUGUUCACAUACUUAAAAAAAACUGCAAAAACGAUUGCAUGGCAAAACGGGUAGAAUUGCAGGAAACUCGAAAGGAAAAAAAAAAGUACAAUGUUUUUGAUGUGGGUGCGUGUGAUGAGUUGUGAUUUAUUUUGCCCAGCCACCACUCACCAAGUUGCCCAUCCCUGGCCUAGGUGGCAGAGACUGCAUUGGAUUACCACUAAUGUGAACUGGUGUAUCCCAUGGCAACAUAGCCUGACCAGUUUACAGCACACGUCUGAAUUUGACAACUCUGAUCCUGGUCUGGAUUAGACUCACCCUAAACAACCACAAUGCAGAUGUAUUUUACAGUGGAUCUGAUUGAACUGUGCCCAAGGUGGACCUCUGUAUAACCAGCAGCCUGGGCUUUGUUUCAGUAAAACUUGAAAACCUGAUGUUUUAUUCUACAGUAUAUACAUUUGCUUAAUCUUGCACAUUUGAGAAGUGUAACUUAAAGGGGAAGUUGUCCUAUUUUUACGUAACUUUAUUUUCACUCUGUGCUUGCAGGUUUUCUCCCUUUGUAAGAGACAAUUGGUUGUCAUAAUAGCAUGAGCCCUGGUGAUAAAUGCAGUAUGAAAAUGUCAUUCUAGAUAAUGUUUCCACAUUGAUUUUCUAACUGCCAUAAACCCAUGUUUGAAUGAUUCUGUUUAGAAAAAAAAAAUGCAAAUAAGGGUUAAUGGGUCAGUGGGUUUGUUUUCAACAACAGCGUUAUCUGAAAACCGUUUUUCAGGUUGAUUUGUUUUGAAGAGUUAUACAUGAUAGGACACAUUUUCCUAAUGCUUGUCCAUGGAAUGAAAUCAGCUGCAAGAGAGAAUUUUUAGAGGAUUAAAUACAACAACAGAAAGUGAGAAUAAUGCAACAUGUAAAUAAAAAUUGAUUUUAAAAAGUAGGGGAACUUCCCCUUUUAAUGUUUUACUGUACUGAUGUAUAUAAAUGUUAAAUUUGUCUGUAAAUGGGAAUGAUGUAAUCAAGUCCUAGGUAUGAGGUUUAAUUUUGUAAUUUAAACCUUAAUUGAAAAAAAAGUGCAACAUAUCAAAUUAAAAUACAACGAACCGGUUAAAUUAAAGACACACAAGAAACAGUCUGUCCUUUAAACUUGUACAUUUAAAAUGUGUAAUAUUUUUACUUAAUAUUGAUGAUAAUCAUGCUUAGUGUGUUUGAAUGAAAAGUUUAUAAUUACACUGUUUAAUAUGGAAAUAAAUGCAAAUGUACUUCUAUA